AUGGUAAAAACAGAGGAACUCCAAGAAGAAGAAGAUGAAAGAAAAAACAGCAUUUUUGAGGUAAGAGAGGAGCUUAUGAUCUCAAAUAAUGGUACUGUGAAUCCAACACUAAGAAGAACAUCCCAUUUUCUUAAACCUUUGAUUAACCCCACAAAUGAAUCCCUUCCUAAACCCCCCCUUUCUGUAUUUCCUUCUUCUCCAAAUCUCAACAUCAAAGACCUCAAAAGAAAGGUAUAUUUCGAUGGAAGGCCAAACCCACAACAUUCAUGGAAAUACUGGGUUGAGACUUUACAACAAACCCACGAAAAUACUUGGGAAAAAGCCGGAAUUUUUGAUGCAAUUAGGGUUUCUACUUACAAUAUUAAGAGGGAUAAUGAGUUAGUUAUUGGGUUGGCUGAGAGAUUUAGUGCUGAAACUAACACAUUUGUGUUUCCAUGGGGUGAAGCCAGCAUUACUUUGGAAGAUGUGAAUAUUUUGGGUGGGUUUUCUUUGUUGGGGUGUUCUGUUGUUGACCCACUUUGGACCGAGGAGAUCUUACUUCUUGAGAAAAAAUUGGUGGAUGCUUUUGAUGUGAUUCGAAGUCGUAUGAAGAGGGGAGACCAUGUUACCCAUUGUUGGUGGAUGGAUUAUUUCAUGGGAAAAGGGGGUGAGUUAGAGCAUGUUGCUCUUCUUGUUCUGUGGUUGUCAAGGUAUGUAUUUUCGAAGAAUUUUUACAAUAUAAUUUCUCAAAAUGUAUUCACUCUCGCAAUUAAUCUUUCAAUAGGAAUCAAGAUUGCUCUAGCUCCUGCUGUUUUAGGUGCAAUUUAUAGAGACUUAAGGUUGUUGAAACAAUAUAUUUUGGGUUUUAGUUGUGAAGCUGGAAAUGAAUGUGAAAAUCUUGUUGUUUGGGGAUUAUUUCAGCUUGUUCAGCUUUGGGGUUGGGAGAGAUUUCCUAGAUUAGGUCCUGAACCGGAAGCUUUAUCCAAAGGUGAGCCAAGAGUUGCUCGUUGGCAUAACAUGACCAAACUGAUUAUUAAGGAUUUGAGGAAAGAACUUGAGGUUGAUGCAGGAAGCUUUUAUUGGAAGCCUUAUGCUACGUAUGUUAAGAACUGGGAAUUUCCCAAGUACUAUAGUCAUCAGGAGAUGAAAGUGUUGUUAGAUUCAAACGUGGAUGAGCAACUACAGUCGUUUGCAAGGUGCUUGAGGCCUUGUGAAUUAGUUGGUAUGGAUUGUGUGGAGCAAUACCUCCCACAUCGUGUAGGGAUGCAAUUCGGAAUGGAUCAAGCCAUUCCAAAUUUUGUUCCUAGAUCGAAUGAUUGUUAUUCGCAAGCUUGGUAUAGCUAUUGCAAACCACUUGAUGGUUUGAAGCUAUACAUUCCUCCUCGGUUGUUUCAAGGAGAUGUAAUGAUGCAGUACUCGGUUUGGUGGAGUGGAGGUGAACUGAAACUGUGCAGAAACCACAGGAGUCUAAAGCUAUUGGAACAAGCACCAAUGAGGGAGGAGGGGAAGCGAAAAGAGAAAAAGAGUAGUUGUGGUCAGAGGAAAAGAAAGAGGAGGAAAGAGGAACGGAGAGAUAAACAAGAGAGAAAGUAUGUGAAAGGGAAGGUAGUGUCCAGAGUUUCAAAGGGUAGUGAAGGCAAGAAAGUGUGUAAGAGCAAAUUAAACACGGGUGAAACAAGCAAGCACUUGGAGCGUAGGAAAGAGCCAAUUCUUGGCACUGAACUGAACCCGAAAUGUAGCACUUUUACUGAAGAUGAAGCUGCGAAUCAGAGUACAAACGUCAAGCAAGUCUACACUUCAGUUGCUGCUUCUCUGAUAAUCAUUGAUGAUGAGGAAGAUAGUGAGGAAGAUAAUCGUGGUCUUAAGCAAUUUAAAGAACUAUGUCUUGAGAUCGGAGACAGACUUAGUAGGCUGGAAAGAGAUGUCGAAACAGCCAAGGGAAGUACUGGAGUAGCAUAA